UUUUACAUUUUUUUACAAUGCCUUUGUGGCGUUUACUGUUGGUCGUUGGCACCGCGAGCGUAGCCGUACAGUUUUAUCCGUUAGACCCGUUGCGACCGUUGUUGGACCCGUUGUUGGACCCGUUGAAGACUAACAGAAGUAAACGUAUGGUGGGUGACAACACCAAAGAAGUUUCCGCUGAAGACCGUGGGAAAAAAUAUCCUUACAUAGUCGGUAUACAUUCGACGCUAGACGACGGCAAGGACGGUUCAGAGACGGUCAUAUGCGCCGGAACGAUCUUGAGUCUUCACAUCAUUAUUACUUCGGCUCAAUGCGUGUUAAACCCAUUUGAAAUUAAAGUGUUCUUGGAGAAUUUUAACCCUUAUUCUAACGAUGGCGUGAUCAUCGUAAAACUGCAGCUGGACGACGAGUCCACCGAAAUGCCAAAUCCUAUCUACUAUGGUCAGCGGGUGUUGCAGAACUACUCGUGGCUAAACGAGUACACCACGCCCUUCGGGAGAACCCGGGCGAAUGUCAAACAUAAUUUGGCGCUUCUGUAUUUCGAAGAUCCGCUACCGGUGAAGAGCAAUUUCUCGUUUCCGGAAGUCGACGGCAACUCGAGAAUUUUCAAAAACCCAAACAACACGGCUAACACAAAGGCCGAAAUGUUCGGUUGGUGUCAUCCUCACAACAAGUCUUCCGAGGAAAAGGGAAAUCCCAAGUUGAUGAAGGCGGACAUAGCUUCGUUGAGGAGCUGUCCCACCGACCGCGCAUUGUAUUUCUUUUUGUGUGCAAACGAAACUGAUUUAGUGACGUGCAAAGGAGACGAGGGUGGUCCGGUGUUUUUUUCAGAUCUUUCUCAGCGGACUCCUCCGAUGCCUACACUGCCUCCACCAGUAGUUAACGCAACCGGUAACGGUACUCUGAAUGGCACCACUGGUAGUUCGAAUACGACCGCCAGAGGUAUUGACGGGAAAAAUGCCACCACCGCUAAGGGCGCCAAACCGACGACAAUUGCUCCUACCUCCGCACCAGAUGCGAAGGAGGGUACGACUGAGCAGGUUCGCUAUGGAAGAAGUUUUCCUGAUGGUUUAAGUCAAUGCGUCACCAAUAUACAGGUACUGGAUAGCAAGCGUACUCCAAAUGGCCGAUAUGACAACUAUAGGGACUGUGACUUGCCCUACAACUCCUCAAAACUCGACCAAAGGAAAACGGACGAGCACGGCUAUUCCGAUGACCAGACCGGAAAACUACUACGAUACCGGCGAUUACAAUGCCUUGUUGAGAUUCCCGUACACGUGCGGUGCGAUCUCUACGUUGAAAGGUUACUGGGCAAAGCAUCUCCUGGUCGUCUCUGUCGCAGUAAUAGUGAAUCCUCCGUGUCUCUUGAACUGGCCCGACAUCGCCAAACAAAUAAACAAAUAAACGCAAACGUCUGUGUUUUUACACGCACAGUGGAAUAUCAGCGCAGCCACAGGCAGCAGUGGUACAUUUGA